AUGAUUGACUCCUUGAAAAAUAUACACUGGUAUCCUCCUCUUGAGCUAGUAACAUGUGAUGAAUCAAAGUCAUCUGAGCAUCUUGCUCCUUGGCUUGAAUUCAGUGAGGUAUUCCCUGGUUUUUUUCUAACAUGUGAAGAAACUGUGUGUAACCGUGUAACUGCACAAGAAAAAGGAAUUGCUCUCGUUUUAACCUUAAAUGGAGAAAGUCACUCAGCACCUUUCCGAGUUUAUGAAUACGCAGACGAUGUUCAACGUUGCGUUUAUCGUAAGUUACCCUCUUUGGAUGUCUUCCUAUCUCAACUUGAUGAAUAUACUUCUGUAGCUAUACCUGAAGAUUUUCAAAAACGAAAGGUUUUUAUACGUUCUGUUUGUGCAGAAGACUCACCAAUGUACGAUAUAAGUUCUCAUUUUGUUGAAAUGUGUGUAUUAAUUGAAUUAGUAAUGUUUAAUCGAAAAAAACUAUCGAUUGAUUCUACUUAUUUACCCGCAUUAACUGUUCACUGUCAAAUGGGUGUUAGUCGUUCUACAGCUAUAGUUUUAGCAUAUAUGAUGAAACGUUCUCAAUAUUCUAGGGAUGAUGCCCUCUCUAUGGUUAAAAAGGUACGAGCAGUGGCAAAUCCCAAUCCAGGCUUUCAAUCUCAACUUUCUCAAUGGGAGAAAAGUGGUUACUAUCGAGUUGUAGAUGAUGUUUCAGCUUUUCUUGUUGCAAAUGAGUUAAAUGAUCCUUACCGACUUAAAAUGUUUCUAGAAAAAUAUCUUUCGCUUAUAGUUCGUCAAAAUAAAUUGUCAUCAGAUAGGGAAUAUUCAGGUAUUAUUUUAUCGAAGGCAAAUCUUUCAGAUGAUGAUCUUCGUUUUAUUAUUUCAGGUUUUUGUAGCCAUAUUACUUUAUCAAUAGCUGAUGAAGUCUAUUUUGAUGUUCCCACAUUUUUUGAUAAUGUUUGCGAGAUGAUGACAAGUUUUAUUCACAACGUACCAACCACCUUGGGAUACAUUAUAAAAGAAAAUGUUGAAAGUUUUGAAGAUGCUUUUUAUUUUGAAAUGUUUAAAACAUUAAGUGAGGCCGGAUUUGCAAUAUUUCCUUCAGAUAUGGCUAGUGCAUUUUGCUCUUUUUUAGAAGCUAUUGACUGUAAACAUUUUUCAAGGAAUGAAUCAAAACGACCUCGAAUAAUCGAUUCUACAGGCAAAGUAAUUGGUAUAGCUCCUGAAGGAAUGAGUCUUUCAUUUACUUUUUUACCAUUUUUAGCUCCAUAUGCUGUGGGCUUUAUUCAACAACAUCGUUUAGAAUCAUUUGUGGGAAAAAAUUUGAGUACGGAACAGAUGGAAGACAUCUUAUAUAAAGUUUUAACUACGUUCCGGGAAAAUUUUUUAUUGACUUCUUCAGGUACAGGACUAUAUUUGGAUGAUACAUCUACUGAAAGUCGAUGGCAUGCAGGGUCACGACUUCGAUUUUUAGAGUUUGAUAUGGAAGUUCAAAUAAUGGAAAGUGUGGAGGAGGGUUUAACAUUAUCAGAAGCGGCGAAUCGUUUUAUGCAGUUAGAUAAGAUUGAUUCACAUGUUAUAUUGCAUUGGGUUCGAAAACUUACAGGUGCACUGAUAGGCGUGCGAUUCUUUUGUGAUGCUGUUGAUAGCUAUUUUAAUGAACAUAUUGCGAAAUUGUCAUUGGAUACAAAUAAUUAUUCAAUUGCGAAUAAAAUAGCUCCAUGGAAGGAGUUAUUGGAAAUAAUAGAGGAAGUAACUGCGGUUUACACAAAGAAAUAUGGAAGUUUACCUGAUCUUUUUGUGUGGAUUAAGAAAGAAUUAGAACCUUUGGUUUCAAAGGGUAUAGUUGCGUUUCCUCAAGAGUUGUACUAG